GUUUGGACAGAACUUCCCAAAUUCCCCCAACCCUCCCCAAUUUAUUCGAAUUCCGAAAUCCGAGCGUCUGUCUUUUCCCUUCCCUUCUCCUUCUCUCCGGCAAUGGAAUCUUGCCACCCGAUCCUCUUCCCUUGCUCCUCCGCCCAAGCUCCUCCCAGCCCCCAGGAUGCCGCCGGACGAGCGGAGGGCUGCGACGCCGGGGAACGGGGCGGCAGCGGCGGAGAUCCCAUUGCUGCCCAGCCCCUGCGGCGGCGGCCGCUCCUCAGCAAGGGAAAGGGGGUUAGGUUUUCUACCUCCAAGACUGAGAGGGUGCCGAAGGAUACCGAUUCUUCUUCUUCCUCUUCGUCUCCUUCCUCCUCUUUUCGGCAGCCGCUGCAGAGAGGCGUGCGCCUGAGGAGCAGAUGGCGCGGUCCUUGGGCGUCUCAUCGUCGGCGGCGUGGCGACGGUGAGGAUUGCCACGAUCUUGCUCUUCCGCUUGGAAUGUCUUUCGCCGCUGUAGUUGCCCAGAUUUUAGAUAGGAAGAAUGUCUCAGGAGAGAGGAUACCAGUAGGUCGCCUUUCCAUGAUCUGUACUUCAGCUGUGAAAGAAUCUAUAACAAAUAUAUAUGGGGACAAGUUUGAAUGUUUCACAAGAAACUUUGAGAAAUCAUUUAGUAGCACACUAAAGACCCUUUGGCUAAUCAACGAAACAUCUACCAUUGAGCAAGGAAAUACUAUUUGUAGUUCAUUUAUCAGUAACAGUUGUGACAGUGCACCUACCUUAGGCACUUAUGAAGCCCCCAGCACCAUGGAAGAGUUUCAAGGGAAGCCAUCAUUGAAUUCCAUGAAUCAUGCUCUUCUUCAUGGGAAAAUAAAUCAGCAGGUAGAUCAUGUUUCUAAUGGAGUGACCGGUCCUAGAUUUAAUCAAUCCAUUCUGGAUACAUUUGGGAGAUCCAUGGUGGAGCAGACUUGCUCUAAUGAUCUCAAGGUCAGCACUAUGGAGGAGUUUCAAGAGAAUCCAUCAUCGAAUUCCAUGAAUCAACUUGUUCUUCAUGGGCAAAGAAAUCAGGAGGUAGCUCUUGUAUCAAAUGGAGUAGCCAAUCCUGGAUUUAAUCAAUCCAUUCUGGAUACAUUUGAGAGAUCUGUUGUGGAGCAGACUCGCUCUAACAAUCUCAAGGAGGUUGAGUUAAAUCUAAUCAUGAAAAGACUGCAAAUGAAGCAAUCUCAGUUAGUCCUCACUUCCCAUGCAAAUUUGUUAGAGAAGAUAAAAAUAUCUAUGGGUAUCUCAAAGGCUUCCUUUGAGGAAGAGAAAUUAAGGAAUAAAAUGCAGAAUAUGAAGCAUGUGGAACUCCUCAAAAGGUGCAUAGAUCUUCUUGUCACUGGUUUGAUUAUCAUGUCUGGCUUCCUUUUAUAUGGAGCAUCCAUCUAUUCAUACCAACGGAUCACAGAGGCAACAUCAACCUGUACAUCCACUUUUAAGGAGUCCAGAUCUUGGUGGAUCCCAAAACCAGUGGCAUCUUUCAGUUCAGGCUGGCUUAUGCUGAGAUGUCACUUGGUAGCCCUAACCCGUAUGUUGUUUGGCAUAUUGAUGAUUCUGUCAGUUGCAUACCUGGUUUUUCAACGCUCUGCAAUGGCUGGGUCAACUAUGCCUGUGACAUUUAUUCUCCUGCUGUUAGGAGUUGUUUGUGGUUUUGCUGGAAAGUUUUGCGUCGACACAUUGGGAGGGAAUGGUUAUUGCUGGCUUUUGUAUUGGGAGGGUCUUUGUUUGCUUCAUUUCUUUGCAAAUGUGUUUCCAUCUGCUCUUUACCGUAUUCUUUAUGGCCCUGUUUCUGUGUCUCGAGGAGCUAAGGUGGUCAGGCUUCCAUACUGGAUUAGGCGAUACACAUUCUACGGUAAUCUGUUACUGGUUCUUCCCACAUUAUGCGGUUUGUUGCCUUUUGCUUCUAUUCAUGAGUGGAAGGAUCACUUCUCUGAGAAGAUCACCCUUUGGAGUCUAGGAAACAAGUACCAAGUCUGAACUAUAGUAGAGAUGGAUUUAUGGGCCUGAGAGAAGUAUUUUUCUGUCUAAUUAUUAACUGUCAGUUUACCAGGGUUUUGCAAGCUUUCAGCUAGAUGGUGUUUGUUGGUGGUGAAAGCCGUUGGUGGAGCUGGUCAUUGCUCAGUUCCAAUUUUAUUUAUGAGAAUUAUGUUGCUGGUGGUAAACUAAACCAUACUUAUGUUGUAAUCUUAACGGAUAAUUGAUGCUGGUAUUUUUUUUUAUCUUGAGAAAUUUAGCAGUUUUGUUCAGUAUGGUAUCUAUUGAUUGGCU